AUGCCUAGAGAGAGAUCUUCAAGUCGUCCUGUCAAGAGAGUCAAACCUGAAUCGCGUUCCCGGUCUCGGUCUCCCAGCAUUGUCGAGGUUAGCCCGCCGCACAAGAAACCAAGAGUGUCACCCGAGGCAGAAGAGCAAGACACAGAUGAGGAGCAUUGUAGCAUUUGCUUACAACCAAUCGCAGACCGGACGGUCGUUCCAACUUGCUCUCAUGAGUUCUGCUUCGAGUGUCUCCUUAUUUGGACAGAACAAUCCCGGCGUUGUCCACUAUGCUCUCAGGGGAUCGGCGACUACCUGAUUCAUCAUAUACGCUCUAAGUAUGAUUACCAAAAGCAUUACCUGCCUCCCCUACGUGCGUCUCCCCGCUCUCUAGGCCUCGUACUAGACGCGCAGCGAGACGCAAGGAGGAGGGCCCAGACGAGGCGGGAGCGCGAGUGGGGUAGACGCCGACGGCAGGAGCAAGAGCAGGCGGACGAGCUAGAAAAGGCGAUCGAAACACGCCGAUGGGUUUAUCACCAUCACCUAUAUGCAAAGCAUGUCGCGUCGAAUCGUUACACGCGUUACCGUCCGUUUCCCACUCCGGCUCAGUUCUCCGCCUCUCCCGACCUCGUCAGCCGUGCCACUGUUUUUCUGCGGCGCGAAUUACGGGUGUGGUCAGGUCUUGAUGUCGAGUCGUCAUUGCUGUCUAGCCGAGCUCUCGGUCGUUUUGUCUGA